AGGCGCACUGCGGCGGUCCCACGUGGGCUGCUGAUCUGCCGGUCGGGUCCCCGGGCUAGUAUCACAGCGAUGCCGAAAGCCAAGCUGGCCAGGGGCGGCAAGGCUCCCCGGAGCCUGGGCCUGGCCGAGCAGAUUCUGCAGGGAGACGCGGUGAAGCCGCUCGGCCGCCAGAAGGAGCGGCACCGCAGGCAGGAGGCCCGGGCCCGGGACCGGGACGAGGAGGAGUAUGUGGACGCCCGGCUGAGCCGCAGGAUCCUGGAGCAGGCCCGAGCGCAACAGGAGGAGUUGGAGGCCGAGCACGGCGGAGGCGAUGACCUGGGCCGUGCCACAAAAACUACCGUGCUGGGCUCAGGUUCGAGGGGUAAAGAUUCGGACUCCGAAUCGGACGAUGAGUGGCCGACGCUGGAGAGUGCGGCUGCCAUUGCGAAGGAGGGCUACGGCGAGGAAGUGGUCGUGAACCCGGAGGAUGAAAAGGCGAUAGAUACGUUCAUGAACAAGAACCCUCCGCUGAGGCGCACUCUCGCUGACAUCAUCAUGGAGAAGAUCACGGAGAAGCAGACGGAAGUGGAGACGGUCAUGUCGGAGGUCUCCGGCCGACCGAUGCCGCAGCUCGACCCCAGAGUCCUGGAGGUGUACAAGGGUGUCCGCGAGGUACUGUGCAAGUAUCGAAGUGGGAAACUUCCAAAAGCCUUCAAGAUUGUGCCAGCGUUGUCAAACUGGGAGCAGAUUCUGUACAUCACGGAGCCAGAGAGCUGGACGGCGGCCGCCAUGUACCAGGCCACCAGGAUCUUUGCUGCCAACCUGAAGGCCAAGAUGGCCCAGAGGUUCUACAACCUGGUGCUUUUGCCUCGUGUGAGAGACGACAUUGUCGAAUACAAACGCCUUAACUUCCACCUUUACAUGUCCUUGAAGAAAGCGCUGUUCAAACCCGGAGCCUGGUUUAAGGGUAUUCUACUUCCUCUGUGUGAAUCUGGUACAUGCACAUUAAGAGAAGCUAUUAUUAUUGGAAGUAUUCUGACCAAGUGCUCUAUCCCAGUCCUUCAUACCAGCGCUGCGAUGCUGAAGAUUGCGGAGAUGGAAUACAACGGAGCGAACAGCAUCUUCCUGCGAUUGAUGAUUGACAAAAAGUACGCCCUUCCUUUCCGAGUGAUUGACGCGCUGGUUUUCCACUUCCUGCGGUUCCAGGCAGAUAAGAGGACCCUGCCCGUGCUGUGGCACCAGUGUCUGCUCACCUUUGCCCAGCGUUACAAGGAGGACUUGUCCUCUGAGCAGAAGGACUCCUUAGUGGAGCUGCUGAGGAUUCACCAUCAUCCAAGCAUCUCUCCGGAGAUCAGGCGUGAACUGGUCAACUCCAAGUCGAGGGAUGUGGAAGUGGGAAUGGCCUUGGACUGAUCUCCUUUCACUUCCUUCUGGCUUUGUUUUCUUGGGUGAUUAAACACAUGGAUUUGAAGUGAUUUUAAUCUAG